UGCCUCCCACACACGGUCUGAGGGCCAAACUUGGAGGAUGGACUUUGGGCUGCUGUUCCUGUCUCUGUCCCUGUGGCUCCUGGCCGCCGCUGGGCCCCAUCACGCCUUUGGGUCCACAGAUUCCUGCCCAGAGAGGCUGCUGGGAGAGGAGCGCAGUAGGACCUGUCCCCGUCCUUGUAAAAUAGACAAAGACUGUGGCAACAAGCGGCAGUGUCUGUGUGACGGACAAUGUGGCCUCAGCUGUGUAGCUCCAGGUCGUACAUGUCCAUGGCCCCUGGCCCCGGGGGGCCACUCGGCCUCUCGUCUGCUGUCUCCCACCCACUCCUUCUCUGCCCUGCUGGAGGUGCGCUGCAACCCCGGCUUCACGCUGCCCAGCGGCCUGGAUGCAACCAUCCGCCGUUGCCAAGGCGACCGACAGUGGAGCGGAGAUGAGCCUAUCUGCACAGAAGCCCCGCUCCCCUCCACUCUGCCCCCCAUCCUCCAGGCCCCCAACACGGGGCCCCUCACCAUGCAGCCCCCCGCCAGCCCGACCCCCAUCUGCGCCCUGCCCGACGAGGUGCUCAGCAAACUCAGCGUCCAGGGCACUGCGGCGGUGGGAACCAGCAUCCUGUACAGCUGUCUGUCUGGGGCAUCUAUAGUGGGAAGCAGUGAAAAUUUCUGUCAAGGAAAUCAAACAUGGCAGUUCCCUCACCCCAUAUGUCAAAUGGUCUUCUGCGUGCCCCCCCCGCCGGUGGAGCAGGGCUACGUGGUGGCCGUGCUGAAGACUGAGUACGAGGUGGGCUACGACAUCCACUACCUGUGUAAGAAGCACUUCCUGUUGGACGGGCCGCAGAAGGUCACCUGCCUGUCCAAUGGCAAAUGGAGCGCCCCUCCCCCACACUGCCGAGCUCGCUGUCUCCUCCCGGCCCAGCGGAGCCGCGUGCUGAUUGGUGGAGAGAAGCGCUGGCCCUUCGACCUGACGGACGGCAUGGUUCCCCAUGGGGAGAACGUCACCUUCUUCUGCAAACAUCCCCGCAAACAGUGCAGCCUCACCGUCGGCCAGGGCUGCUUUGACGGAAAACUAGAGCCCCCAGAAUGCUACCUGGAGCCCACCUGGCUGCAGUACAAGCUGUUCCCUCACCGGCUGGUCUCAGAGAUCGACGCCUGUUUGCCUGGAGACCAGGAGGGAUGAGGGGCCCCGAGAUCUACUGCCUCUACCACGGGGCCCUCAGCAGCGUGUCACACACACACACACACACACACACACACACACACACACACACACACACACACACACACACACACACACACACACACACACACACACACACACACACACACACGCACAGACACACAUGCACACACACACACACACACACACACGCACACGCACACACACAUUCACACAGACAGGCACACACGCACAUACGCACACACACACACACGCGCGCGCACACGCACACACACAAACACACACAUACCUGAUAUGUGUCAGACCAUUGAGUAUUUCUCAAGGCAUAUUUUUUACACAGUUUUGUUUCAAACACUGCAUAUGGUUUUAUUAUCAUCCCUACCACCUUGCACUGUAUAAGAUAAUCAGACAAUACAUGAUUAACAAUCAUAAUAUUUUCUGAAAAUGACAUAUUGCAUUCCUCAUGAUGAUUUAAAAGUACAUAUUAUACCUGCUAUGAACUUUUUCUCCAUAUACCUUGUAAGUUUUUCAUUAUAUUCAACUACAAGAGACUGCAUCUGUCUGCUUCUCUUCAAAGUAUUUGUGACAUCCUUUGUCGGCGUGGUAACAUGUUUUGGACGCAUCAAGCCUUGUUGUUGCUUGUAAGUUUUGUUAAUUCAAUAUUUUAAAUAAAACAAUUUAAAGU